UCCCAUUUAAAAUAAGCCCUAAUUUCUGCGAAGUAUGUUUCGCAAAGCUGGAUCGGCAGAGAUUAUACGGUCACAUCAAAAAGAUGAGUUGUACCGUUCGUAUCUUCGCUCUUCUGUUGGAGACGUCAUUCUCCGCAUCGCAGGGCCUUUGCGAUGGAUUCAGUGGAGAAAAGAACUGGAUACAAUUUCUGAUGUGCUGUAUUUUGCCCUAACAACUCUUGGAGGAUACCAGACAAUUGGGGAAGAAUAUGUGAAUAUUAUAAUGGUGGAUGAAACCAAACGAGCUCUUCCCUCUAAAUGGAGGAGGACACUGAUGAUUUUUCUUCAAGUCUGCAUUCCAUACAUUCUAAAUGUUUUAAUGGACAAACUUGAGAGGCGCCUGCAAUCAACGGAUCCGCUCCCACUCUACAUCACUGAGACUGAAAGGGAAAAACUGUUGCAAUAUAUUCCAGUCCUCCGCCAAGCAGUAAAUUUCAUCCACCGGCUUCAUUUGUCCAUCUUCUACAUCAGAGGAGUUUUCUAUCACUUGUCUAAACACUUUACGGGUAUACACUAUGUGCGCUACAUGUCAAAGCAAACAAAUACUGCUCUGUCAAAGCCAUUUCGCCUCCUUGGCUACCUCGCCUUAUCACAGCUUGCAGCAGGUCUAACUAUAAACCUAUAUCAUUUCUGGAAGACUUAUUCCAGUAGGCCUGAAGGAUAUUGUAAUUCUACCAACACUUUAUCUUCAGAUGAAGCUGUUCAUCCCAGCAUGAAAUGCUGUCUGUGUCGUCUGAGACGAAGAUCAACGCUAACCCCAUGUGGCCAUCUCUUCUGCUGGAAUUGCAUUCAUGAAUGGUUCCAAAGUAAGCCUGAAUGUCCCUUGUGUCGUGAGCAGUUUCCUCGGCAUAGACUUGUGGCAUUGCAGAACUUUGAUCCUGUUUGAAAGGAGUGUUAGAAAAUUUUAAACAGUGCCUCAGACCAGUAUUUUUAAGCUUG